UCUGUCAUGGCCCCAAGCUUAACCAAAAUUGCUGCACUAGACUUAUUGAGCCUUGUUGAUGCUAAUUCUGAAAGUGAAACUCCCUUGUCCAUAACCUUGGAAGGACCAACUUUCCUCGCUAAUGGCCGCCCAUUUCUCACCGACGUCCCUGCUAAUAUUAUAGCCACCCCUUCUCCUUCUUUCUCCUCCAACAAAACCGCCACCGCCACCGUCGGUUGUUUCGUGGGCUUCGUUGCCGAAGAGCCCCGAAGCCGACACGUGGUUCCUCUCGGAAAGCUCAGAGGGAUUCGGUUCAUGAGCAUAUUCAGAUUCAAGGUCUGGUGGACCACCCACUGGGUUGGAACCAGCGGAAACGACGUCGAGCACGAGACCCAAAUGAUGAUCCUGGACAAAAGCGACACCGGUGAUCGUCCUUACGUCUUGCUGCUUCCCAUCAUUGAAGGUCCUUUCCGAGCUUCACUUCAGCCGGGGUUAAACGACAACGUGGACAUUUGCGUCGAGAGCGGGUCCACACGUGUCCGUGGGUCCACCUUCAGAAGCUGUCUCUACAUGCACGUCGGCGAUGACCCUUACCGCUUGAUCAAAGAAGCCAUGAAAGUGAUCAGAGUCCAUUUAGGGACAUUCAGGCUUCUAGAAGAGAAGACCCCACCAGGCAUCGUAGACAAGUUUGGUUGGUGUACAUGGGACGCGUUUUAUUUGAAGGUACACCCAAAAGGGGUGUGGGAGGGAGUUAAAGGCUUAGUGGAAGGAGGGUGCCCUCCGGGUUUGGUACUCAUCGACGAUGGCUGGCAAUCAAUCUGUCACGACGACGACCCUAUAACGGAUCAAGAAGGGAUGAAUCGAACGGCCGCAGGUGAGCAAAUGCCAUGUAGGCUGAUUAAGUUCCAAGAGAAUUACAAAUUUAGGGACUAUCGUGGUCGUCGGUUACCCUACGAGACGGGAAUGGGUGGGUUUGUGAGGGAUCUAAAGGAGGAGUUUAAGAGCAUAGAGCAUGUGUAUGUGUGGCACGCGCUGUGUGGGUAUUGGGGUGGGAUAAGACCAAAUGUGCCGGGGAUGCCGGAGGCUAAGGUGGUUGCUCCGAGGUUGUCGGAGGGAUUGAAGAAGACGAUGGAGGAUCUGGCGGUGGACAAGAUUGUGAACAACGGUGUCGGGCUGGUCCCACCGGAGAUAGUCCAUCAGAUGUACGAAGGGCUACACUCCCAUCUGGAAUCGGCGGGAAUUGACGGCGUCAAAGUGGAUGUCAUACAUUUGCUUGAGAUGUUGUCAGAAGAAUAUGGGGGACGGGUUGAGCUGGCGAAAGCAUACUACAACGCACUUACAGCUUCAGUGAAGAAGCAUUUCAACGGGAACGGAGUGAUAGCCAGCAUGGAGCACUGUAAUGACUUCUUUCUCCUUGGCACACAAGCCAUAUCACUCGCCCGUGUUGGGGAUGAUUUUUGGUGCACAGAUCCAUCGGGGGAUCCAAACGGCACGUAUUGGCUCCAAGGUUGUCACAUGGUGCACUGUGCGUACAACAGCUUGUGGAUGGGCAACUUUGUGCAGCCUGACUGGGACAUGUUUCAGUCCACUCAUCCCUGUGCUGAGUUCCACGCUGCUUCCAGAUCCAUCUCUGGUGGCCCCAUUUAUGUGAGCGAUUGUGUGGGCCAACACAACUUCAACUUGCUCAAGACUCUGGUCUUGCCCGACGGCUCCAUCUUGCGAUGCCAGCAUUAUGCUCUCCCCACCCGAGACUGCUUGUUCAACGACCCUCUCCAUGAUGGCAAAACCAUGCUCAAAAUUUGGAAUCUCAACAAAUGUACGGGAGUUCUGGGUUUAUUUAACUGUCAAGGAGGAGGGUGGUGUCCGAGAACAAGGCGAAACCAGAGUGCCUCUGAGUAUUCACAAAGAGUGACGUGUUUGGCAAGUCCUAAAGACAUUGAAUGGAGCAAUGGAAAAUGGCCUGUUAAUUAUAAAGGAAGUAACGUGUUUGCUGUUUAUAUGUUGAAGGAAGACAAGUUGAAGGUUUUGAAGUAUUCAGAGGGGUUCGAAGUUUCAUUGGACCCAUUUAGUUUUGAACUUGUCACUGUUUCUCCUGUCAGAGUUUUGCCUCGAACACUGGUUCAAUUUGCUCCUAUUGGAUUAGUGAACAUGCUUAAUUCUGGCGGCGCCAUUCAAUCCGUGGAAAUUGAGGAACACCAGAAACUGGUAAAAAUAGAGUUAAGAGGUUGUGGGGAAAUGAGGAUGUUUGCAUCAGAGAAGCCAAUUAGUUGUAAAAUAAACGGGGAAGACACAGAUUUUGAGUACGAGGAGAUGAUGGUGCGGGUCCAUGUUCCUUGGCCUGAGGCUUCUUCAGGAUUGUCUGUUGUAGAGUACUUAUUUUGAUGAUCCCAAAUAACCCCCAAUUGGGGACUUUUGGGCUCAU